AUGUACUUUCAAGACCAGCAAAUUCAAUGCGCGCACUGCAGAAACGACCUAGAACCGUGGUCCAACUACAAGACGCGGUACGAAGGUUCCACCGCGUUCGAUAUUCCGCUGCGCGACGUCUUGAGCCAGUGCCCGCACCGGUCGUGCCGGCGUUCUCUGACCAAGGACGAGAUGUUCAAACUCCACCUUCUCGACGAGCCAAUCGCAUGCGGCGGCUGCAACAAGACGCUGCGCUACGAGACGUUUGAGAUCGCCACCUUCAUCCACGAAUACCCGACGAUGACGUACCGGUCCGAGGUGUGCGAAGGCGGCAAGGUCGAGAAGCGCCUUCACAUGCCCAAGGAGAUCCCGUCCGAUGGCCGCUGGGAGAGCUACACGAACGAGCUGCGACGAACAAUCGCGCAGUUUGCCAAGACGCAGCACACCGAGGGCGUCUACCGCUUCCGCGAGGUCGUCUAUGCCCAUCGCGUUGGCAUCUCGUCGCAGCCGCCCGGUGCGUUCUCGAUGGACCUGGUCCGUGGCAUGUACCGCCAGCUCAGCUUUGUGAUCAAAGUCUGCGCCAACUUUGACUACUGGAUGAACCCGACGAUUCUCCGCGCGUCGAUCCGCCGCUACGAGCAGUUUGUGCAGGUGAUCAGCAAAGGCGCGAUCAAGAAAGGCCUUGGUAUCGUGCCCACCGUCGACAUUGACCUCGCUUGGCACACGCACCAGACCCACCCACUGGCUUACCAAAAGUACACGACCAAGGUCGCCAAGCGCGUGCUCGACCACGACGACAGCGUCGGCGGCAGCGAUCUGCACGCGGGCUACCUCCACACGUGCGUCGCGUGGUCCAAGCUCUACAAGCAGCCGUACUCGUCGUACGUGCCGCCCAGUGGCCCAAGGCGCGUCUCGCUUUGUGGGUGUCGAUGA